AUGAGUGCAGCCUCACUGGCCAAGCAUUUGGCAGUAGUCGAGCAGCAGAAGAAUAGCCAGCCGCGCAUCAAAUACAGGAAACAGAGUACAGGAUCGUUGCUAUCAGAUCUUCAGGUCGGAGAUACCAUUUCCAUCAAGCGAGACGAAGAGGGCGAAAGCCUCUGGGAGCGCGAGGAAGCACGUGGAUUCGAUGAUUGCGAAUUAAAGAAGAAGAUAACAGAGGCCGAAAAAAGUUGGAUGUUUUAUGGUAUUACCGGCCUGUGGAGACCAUUUGCGGACUAA